CUGCCCUGUCAAAACUACCAUUGCAAGCGUGUAACUUCGACCUCCCGCCACUGUCCUGCUCAGCACUGCUAGCUGCGUCCCACUAGCACAGAUUUAGACACCCAGAACGCGUCUUCGGUCUGCAUUACAAUGCCUGACUACGAGAAGAUAGCCCUUUCCAAGCAGGACUUGAGGCACGUCUACAGCCAGGUGCUUCAGCUGACCACCGCCAAACUCGACCUCCACUUGCCCACCUCCGACAAUGAUCCUCUCAAGAACAAAGUGGCAGGUGUGCUCGAUGAGUUCCUUCUUGGAGCAUUUGAGCUCGCCAAAAGCGGUUUGGUGGUCGAUGGCCACGCCAUCGACGACGGCAGCAUACACGAGCUACUCUCUUUGAAACGCAAGGAGACAGUGGAGCCGUUCGAUCUCGCAAUCAACACCCGUCUCCGUGAGGUAUUGCUCCAGGUAGAGCAGGAAACGAUCGAACUCACCAAGUUGAGACGAGAACUCCCCGCAAAAGCACGGGGAGCGUACCAGGAGCUUGUGAGGCGUACUGAUGGCGAAUUGUCGUCGAUUCUUGCGGGAUUGGAGGCAGAGGAAGACGAGGAUUUCGAGGUCAGCGUGCCCAACAUUGGCGAGAUCUCCAGCGAGUACGAGAAACACGUGUUGAUGCUCAACGACUUGAAGAAGACCAUUCCCGAGCGCAAGGCAGAGUUGGACCGCUACGACGAGACCUUGCGGUUCUUGGAAGAGGCAUACCGACGCCAGGAGGCAGAAGAGGUGUGAUCACGUGAUCAAGACAUUCGAUAUCCACUUAUAGAGGUGGAAUUACGAUGACAGUCUUGCUUCGACAGCUCUCCUGUCGGAGCUGGCUCGAAAGUGCCAGGCUCAUGGUCACGGGCCCAAAAUUGCCGAUUAGAGGUGUUCAGAUAGACGAGAUUCUGACACUAUUUGGGACAGACACCAGAGACCAAAUUAAGGUUGAAGUACUGUAUGCCGACAGCCAUCAACAGAACUGCGCGUGGUGCAGUGUGUCAGACACCUGCGACACCAACUGCGACCCACUUAUGCGACAGACACAAAUACCCAGGACAAGCGGCUUGGGUUUGCCAGCAGAUUGCUGGUUUGCUUUCUAUUAGCUAGUUCAACUGGAUUCAGUUCCACCACCCAUUCCCAGUGCUCCGUAUUCCUAGAUCUAAUGCUACGCCUCCGCACUAGUAC